AUCGAGACCCGAUGCAAAAUGGUUGUUUUCGAAAAUUGAUUCUCCACAUGGCAUAUGUUUGGGAUACCGCAAGUCUCGGGAUACGAUAUGUAUCCAAGAAGCCAGAGUUUUCCAAGCAAGAUGAAACCAUAACUAUACACAAGGGUCACUGUCACUGUGGCAAAGUGCAGUUUCAAGUGGAAGCACCACGAGGAUUUGUUGCCAUAGACUGCGAUUGUUCCAUCUGUGUUGCCAAAGGGAUCCUUCACUUGAUGGUUCCUGCCGAGAAGUUGCAAAUCGAUGCACAAAGUCUAAAAGCUCUCUCUACUUACCAGUUCCACACAAAAGUAGCGAGACACACUUUUUGUUCUACUUGUGGAAUUCAUCCUUUCUAUACUCCCCGUUGUAAUCCUGAAAGUAUAUCUAUCAAUGUCCGCUGUUUAGAUCCCUCAACUUUAGGAACCGUUUGCAUCGAGUUUUUAGAUGGUAAAAAUUUUACAGGCUCCUUAUCGAUAGGAAAUAACGGAGUUUAUUAUUUGAAAGAUAACCAGAAGAAGGCUGAACACUCAAUUCGUUGUUGAAUUGUUGAAGAUGAUGAUUGGAUUUUGUACCUUGCAAGGUUUUCAAGUUGGAAAUAAAGAGUCAAGUUACAAA